AAUAUAUUCACAAUCACGUACUUUCUUCUUCACCAUGGGUAAAGGCCGUCGCAUGAAGAAGCAGGGCCCUCCGGCUCCCCUGGAUGAGUCAACGAUUUCUUUGAUCAAGAAGCGCAAGUCGGCCGAGCCAGAUACCAAAACCGACUUGGGCAAGAAACGGCGCAGAGCUGAGACUGAAGAUGAAGAGACGGUUUUGAAAGAAGCACCUAAGAAGAAGGUCAAUGGCGCUGUCAACGGUGGAUCUAAAGAUGUGAAAAAAGCGGUUGCUAAGGAAUUGAAGACCAAGAACAAGCCGGUUGAGAAGAAGGCUAAAUUGGUGGAGUCUGAUGAUGAGGACUCUUGGGAGGAUGAAGACAUGUCUGGAUCUGAGGGAGAUGAGAUGAUGGAAAACGACGAGUUUGAUGACUUGGAUGGCGUUAGCGAUGUAUCAAUGGAUAGCGAGGAUGACGAAGACGACGAGGAGGACUCGGUUUGGGACUCGGACGAAGAAGACCACCCCCGCCAGACCAUGUUCUCUGACGAUGAAGAUCUUUCCGAUGCAGAGGAAAAGCUAACAGCGGCGAAUAUCGAGGGAUUGUCGAAGAAGUUGGAUGCACAGAAACGGGCUGAACAGGAAGAGGCAGAGCAGGAAUUGAAGGAAUCCGCUAUGCAGACGAAUAUUGCUGGUGACCGGCCGGACGUCUUUGCUGACGCUGAUGAAGCCGGGAAGGCCGGAUUGGCGCCUGAUAUGCAAUUGCUCCGGACACGAAUUACGGACACUAUUCGAAUUUUGGGCGAUCUGAAGUCACUGGGCCAGCCGGGCAAAUCUCGUACAGACUACGUUAACCUGCUAAUCCAGGACAUCUCCACGUACUACGGUUACACACCUUUCCUGGCAGAGAAGCUGUUCAACCUCUUCACCCCGAUGGAAGCAUUUGCGUUCUUCGAAGCCAACGAGACGCCGCGUCCCGUUGUCAUCCGUACCAACACUUUGCGUACGAACCGUCGGUCCUUGGCUCAAGCGUUGAUCAACCGAGGCGUUGUACUUGAACCAGUUGGAAAAUGGUCAAAGGUCGGUCUACAGGUUUUCGAGUCCGCUGUUCCUCUUGGUGCGACCCCGGAGUAUCUGGCGGGCCACUACAUCCUGCAGGCUGCAUCGUCUUUCCUCCCCGUCAUGGCGUUGGCACCCCAGCCAAAUGAGCGCAUUUUGGACAUGGCCGCCGCCCCCGGUGGUAAGACCACAUAUAUCUCAGCUCUCUUGCGCAACACAGGCUGCGUCAUUGCCAACGAUGCCAGCAAGCCUCGUGCCAAGGGUCUGAUCGGUAACAUCCAUCGUCUUGGUUGUAAGAAUACCAUCGUGACCAACCUAGAUGCACGCACGGCCUUUCCCAAGGCUAUGGGUGGCUUUGACCGAGUUCUUCUUGAUGCACCGUGCACCGGUACAGGCGUUAUCUCUAAGGACCCCAGCGUGAAGACGUCCAAGAAUGAACGCGACUUCCUCGCUAUUCCGCACAUGCAGCGACAGCUUCUCCUCGCAGCCAUUGAUUCUGUCGACCACUCUUCCAAAACGGGCGGUUACUUGGUCUACUCCACCUGUAGCGUAACGGUGGAGGAGAACGAGGCGGUCGUACAAUAUGUCCUACGUAAACGACCGAACGUCAAGAUUGUUGACACAGGACUCGGCGAUUUCGGCAGCGAAGGCUUCAUCAGUUACAUGGGCAAGCAGUUCGAUCCCAAGAUGAAACUGACAAGACGCUACUUCCCACACCGCGAGAACGUGGAUGGUUUCUUCGUCUGCAAACUGAAGAAGACUGGUCCAAGCCCUGUUCCGAAGAAGGGCUCUGUCGACGGUGCAGCCGCCGCUACCGGAUCUGCAGAUAAAUCUGACAAGGAUGCAACCUCCACCGAUGCGGAUGAUGUCAUGGUGGACAAGACGCCUAUUGCCGAUGAAGAUGGAACUGUUAUGGAUGUUGGCGGUGCUUUUGGUCCAUUUGAUGAGGAUGAGGACGCAGAGCGGAUUGCGAGGGCAGAGAGGAACCGACUUCGUCGGAAGGGUCUUAACCCCAAGGCUGUUCUGAAUAAACCGAAGGGGAAGUCUGAAGCAGAUGGGAAGAGCAAGGACAAGAAGACGGAAUCACAAUCGGAGAAGAAAGAAACAGAGACUAAGAGCGCCUCAUCAGAGAAGACGAAGAACUCCACAGACAGCAAGCCUGUGAAGGUAAAGUCUAAGGACAAGAAAAAGUCCGACAAGCCGAAGAGGGCCGAAAAAUGAACGAUAAACCGUGAUUCCCAUGGGAGCUUGACCGGUUAGUGUUGAUAUUUUUAUGGACUGGCUGUAUAUCACCAUCUUCUAAUUGCCCUGGUUGAUGUCUUUUACUGUCGACAAAAGCAUGUCUGGUACGGGUGGCGCAUUGAGUAUUUGUAUUGUUUCUUGCGAUUAGAUAUUUCUCUGAAUUCGAUCUCAUUUUCUAUCUUCUGUAUGAUGAAGCAAUCUACUCCAAUCCCAUAUCCUCAUCUGUAGCUG